AUGUUGGUCGCCUCCAGUGUGGUCAUCAGGUCUCCAGCCCUGGAGGAUGCCGAGCUGCCCCUGAAGGGAGUGAAGGCAGCUGAGAUUAGAGGCAUUGAGCUGAUGAAUGGCUCGGCAGUCUCACAGUUCACCCUCCUAGGCCUGUCCCACUCCCGCCCUCUCCAGCUUCUCCUCUUCGGCCUGGUCUUGGCCUGCUAUGCCGCCAGCCUGCUGGGCAACUUCCUCAUUGUGGUGACCGUGCGGGUGGACCCACGCCUCCUCCAGUCCCCCAUGUACUUCUUCCUGGCCAACCUCUCGCUCAUUGACAUGGCCCUCGGCUCAGUGGCUGCUCCCAGGAUGCUUGGCAACUUGCUGAGCGAGGGCAGCACCAUCUCCUAUGGGGGCUGCAUGGCCCAGCUCUUCUUCCUUCACUUCCUGGGUGGCUCCGAGAUGUUCCUCCUCACACUCAUGGCCUAUGACCGCUACGUGGCCAUCUGCCACCCACUGAGCUACACCGAGACCAUGCACCGCCACCGCUGCCUGGGCCUGCUGGCAACCUGCUGGGCUGGAGGCUUGCUCCACUCUGCCACUCAGCUGGUGUUGGUGGUCCGGCUGCCAUUUUGUGGGCCCAGCAAGCUGGAUAAUUUCUAUUGCGAUGUACCUCAGGUGGUCAAGCUAGCUUGCACCGACACCUACAUGGUAGAGAUGCUCAUGGUGUCCAACAGUGGCCUGAUCUCUCUGGUCUGCUUCCUGGUCUUGCUGGGGUCAUAUGGUGUCAUCUUGGUGACUCUCAGGGGACGCUUUGGUGAUGGGGGCGGUGGGAAGGCUUUGUCCACCUGUAGCGCCCACCUGAUGGUGGUGAGCCUCAUCUUUGUACCCUGCAUUUUCGUCUACCUCCGGCCUUUCUCCAGCUCACGGAUGGACAAGAUGGCCUCCAUCUUCUACACCAUCAUCACGCCAGUGCUGAACCCCAUUAUCUACACCCUGAGGAACCAGGAGGUCAAGGAAGCCAUGAAGCGACUGAGGCAUAGGUUUUGGUUCCCUUGUUGGACAUAGAAGUCCAAUGGGAGCAGAGAAAAAGAGUGAUUUAUUUAUUCAUUUAUUUAUUUAUUUUACGAGGAUCAGUGUAAAGUUUUGCAUGUGGCAUAGGGAUCUACGUGAAAAAAAUCAUGCGGUUCUAGGAAUAUGUUUGGUUUCUUCUUAGGCAGGUGUCAGGGUGUUUUUAAUGAGGAUUUCUGCCAAAUUUGUCAUGUGACACUGGGAUCCUUGCACAUUUUUUUCAUCCUUUAUGUUUCAGUGUCUCCUCAGUGAGUCUCGUAGGUGAGUGGGUGGGAGGUUAAAUAUUUUUCAGCAGGAUUCAUGAAAAUUUUUUCAUGUGACAUCUGGAGCAAUGGAAAAAAAACGUAUGUGGCUUUUGGACUGUCUCUGUGUUUUUGGUGUAGUGUUAAGGUUGGUGACGGAAGUAAUUGGUUGGAGUGAUUUUCAUGAGGACUGGUGCAAAAUGUCACAUUUAAUAAUGGGAUCAGUGAGGAAUUUUUCAUGUGGUCUCAGUGCCCUAAUUGGUUUUGGUUUGUUGUUAGGAAGGAGAUGGGGGGUCAUGGAGUAAUGGUGAGAAAGAUUUGCACAAGGUUAGAAUCAUGGAGUCGUACACGAUCCCUUAAUGCUUUGGGUUUAUUUCAUAAAGUAGGUUUGGGGAGUUGGGUUUAAGUUGUUGGCAGUGGACAGGGGGAUUCGUGAAAAAGAUUUUCACGAUGAUCCAUGCACAACCUUUCAUGCAGCAUUGGGCUCUGUGUGCCAGUUUCCACAACUCUGCAGGUCCCCUUCAGCUGGGACCCAGUUGCAGUGCAUUGUUGGAAAACAGUGGGAAGGCUUUCCCUGGAGUUGUGUGUGAAAUUUCUCACAUGGAUUCAAGACUCCAGGGCUCUCAUAAAGGAAAAGAAAGCUUUUGGGAAGAACUGGGGAACAUGUUCUUCUGGAAGAUAAAUACAACAUUUUUCAUAUGGCUUCAGAAGUUAUUAUUUUGAUUUCUCCUUAUGAAGGAUGUGGGUGAUAGGGGGAAGGGGUGAUUUUUUUUUCACAAGUAUCCAUGCAAUUUUUUCAAAUGAGCUGGGUGAAUAAUGGCAGUUCCAAAUAUGAGAGUCUGGACUAUUUUUUUUUAAACCAAAAAAACUUGGUUCAAGUAGAACCAGAUUUGAAAAUUUGAAAACACAUUUUGGCAAAUUGAAAUUUUUUGGUUUGGGUCGAACAAAAUGUUUAAUUCAAUCUGAAACAUGUUGUCUCCAGGUGUUUUUAAAAGGCCUGAUUCAUAAAGUAGCUGGUGGGGACAGCUGUUACUGCCCUUAUAUGGAUUAGAGGGGUGGUUAGGCCACUGAUGUGGGAGACCUGAGUUCAAUUUCUCUCUCUGCCUGAUGGGGAGAAGGGAUUUAAAUUUGGGUCUCCCACCAUGCCCUGGUCUAUGGGAUUUUUGGAUGCAGUGCUCUCUUUGGGUAUGUGUACACUGCAAUAAAACACCAUAGCUGGCCUAUGUGAGCUGACUUCGGCAGGGCUUUAAAUUACUGUGUAGAUGUUUAAACUUGGGCUAGAUCCCGGAUUCUGGGACCCUCCCCUAUCUUCAUAUCCUUUCUCCUCCUGAAAAAUGCACUAUAUGUGAAUUUGACACAAAUUGGUGAAUAGUUUUGGACAAUUUCCACCCCCCCACCCUCUCCCCAGAACUUAGACAACAUUCACAAAAUACCCAGAGAAGGAGCUAUCUCCAACAUCCCAGCUGAGCACCCUAUCACUUAGAAAGGAGAUGGCUCCUUCUCUGGCUAUAUAAUGUUGGUGCCCUGAAAAGUGCAUUUUUCAGUGAAUUUACCAGUUGCCAAAAUUCUUUUGCCCAGCCCUGUUCAGGACCCAUCCGUGUUUUGGUUUUUCAUGGUGGAAGAGUUGGGAGCUGGUUUGAGGGUGUUGGGUAGGAGGGGGUAAGUUAAAAACAAUUUAAUGAGAAUGGUGUAAAAAUGUUCAUGACUUGUGUGUAUUCAUCCCUGCCUCCAUCCACCUUCCAGUCCCCUGUCUUGUUUAUCUCUGUACAGCCUUUUGGAGAGUGGGUUUUAGCAGGGCUUUAUUUGAAACAUGCCAUUGUAUAAAGUAAGACAUACUGUAAAUAGUUUAUUUAAAUACAUGUAACCCUUCUGCUCAUCUAAGUUGGCAGCAACAAGGGCCGGGUUCUGUAU